CUCGACGGUAAUCUGAUCAUCGCUCACGGACAGAGAGAAGGUUCUCCGCUUCAACAGUGCUUGAACGGCAACCUCAUCUUCUGUCUUUCAUCGCAAUCACUUCUUUAAAUCCGACUCUCUAAUCAACACAGAAAUCUCUUACAUCGCUGAAAAAGACGCUUAAAUUACCGCUUUUUAAGAUUUCCAGCAAAACUAAACUACACCAGCGAAGCAACAUGAGCUCUCAGGUGAGACAAAAUUUCCACCAGGACUGUGAAGCCGCCAUCAACCGGCAGAUCAACCUGGAGCUGUACGCCUCCUACGUCUACCUGUCCAUGUCGUAUUACUUCGACCGAGACGAUCAGGCUCUGCACAACUUCGCCAAGUUCUUCCGCAAGCAGUCUCACGAGGAGCGUGAACAUGCUGAGAAACUGAUGAAACUCCAGAACCAGAGGGGAGGAAGAAUUUUCCUGCAGGACAUCAAGAAACCAGAGCGUGAUGAGUGGGGCAGUGGUGUGGAGGCUCUGGAGUGCUCACUGCAGCUGGAGAAGAGUGUCAACCAGUCCCUACUGGACCUGCACAAGCUGGCCACUGACCGCAACGACCCUCAUAUGUGUGACUUUGUUGAGUCUCACUACCUGGAAGAACAGGUGAAGUCCAUAAAGGAGCUCGCUGAUUGGGUCACUAACCUGCGGCGUAUGGGGGCUCCUCAGAACGGCUUGGCUGAAUAUCUGUUUGAUAAACACACACUGGGCAGUGAGAGCAGCUAAAUCUUCUCCACAACACCUUCACUAGACGCCGUUCUGCCUCCUACAAUUAUUACUACACUUCUUUUUACCAGACGGUGGUCCAGUGAAGAGCUCAGAGUUUCUGCUCCACGCUUCAACUCGCUUCCUUCUGCUUCUUAGUCAUGUAUCUGUAAAUGCUGAGUUAUUGCUCAACUUCUAUUCCAAACAAAUAAACAAAUUUCCUGUA